UGCAGAUCACUGCGCUGUUGGUACCUGUGAGUGUUAGACCACAAUCUCACCUAUCACUGCUCUUUCACAGCUCCUACAGCACUGGUGCCUCACUGUCAACAAGAAGCGCGAGCCAUGGUAACCAGCAAAACAUUGUCCCCAGUUUAGUGGCAGGUGUGUGUUGUGGUUCGCUAUUGCACGAAGACCGAGAUGAAUUGGAAGUCUUUGGGGCCACUUGGCACGAAAUUUUACUCAUAAAGGGAAAUAUCGCGUGCCACCACCCACAGCGCGCGAGGGGGAAGCGGGCCGCGAGAUGAGUUAUCACUUAAGAUUUCAGUCAGCCUUGCGUGCCAAGACUCUUUAAGAGGAGAUUCACACCUUACACAGUUUCAUUCAAUCAGAAAUAAACCACCAGCCCUGCGCUGUCCGUCUAAAACGCUGUAUUACUGUCAGAGUGUGUGAGCUUGUGUUUGAGAGUGUGUGUUUAGCCUACUGCCUCGUGCAGCUGGUCUGAUGCUGAUGAUGACGGCCCAGAGCAGAGAAAGGUCAAACUGUAGGAGGAAAGUUGAUGGCAAGUGAUGAGGUGAUUCAUAUGCAGAAUGCUUCAGUGACCUCGGGUGUAAAUAACACAACUCACGGCAAUGAUACAUAUAACAGAACUUCUCAGCUCCACAAAGAUGUCCAUUUAGCUGAAAAUGGAACAUUUAAAAUAGAAGACGCUGACCACAAUGUCACUUACGAAGAUCAGGAGAGUUUCCAGGAUCAGGAGAAAUUCCACUUCCACUGGAAGUGUAAUGAAGAUCUGCUGAUGCUGUAUGGAGAAUACUGCCUGAACAUCACAUUUCAUACAGGCAUGAUGGAGCUGGGAGAGAGCAACUGGUGUGACUGGGACAUGGUGAUCAAACAUUAUAACUUCCUGACAUAUUGUUUGGAGAUAUAUGCUGGUGAGGCACGCUGCUUCUACCCAAGCCCUGUUAUACACAAGCUGUUUCUGGAUGUUCAUCAGCAGUACUUCAGCUCCUGCAGCAGCAGUGAGGAAGAGGAGGCUCCGGAGAGUGUGGUCAUCAUUCUCACCCUUCUGCCUGUCUGCAUCAUUCCCAUUGCAGUCUAUAUGGUCAUCAAAAGGAGUAAUGUUAAAUAGUGAGAAACCCUCUCACAACCAAACAAACACUAAAUUAUUAUCAAUGAACGUCUAUUUUCUUGUCUAUUUUCAUACACAAGGCACAUUAUUAUUAUAAGGCUCAUUUUAGGAGACAAUAUAAGAACCUUCUAGUUCAGCAGUCUUGUCGCUGGGUGGUGGUGGAGGUAAAAAGUUAAGUAAAGCUAAGCUAAAUAAACAAAACUGUAAUAAAUAAAGACUGUCAAACGAGUGCUAACGACGGCUAACCGCUAAUGCCGCCCGACAGUGCUACACUGAGGAACCCUGAGUGUUCUGGUAAGCCAGGGCAAUAUUAGGUAGCAGUUCAUCCUACGUAGCUUAUUUUAGCACGGUAAACACACAGGCUACAGUCCGAUAAUACUCACCUCUGAUCGGCGAAGGGGCAAGCGCUUAGUGUGGUUAGCGACUAAUGCUAAUGCUGCUCCAGCAGUGCUAGCUGGGGUUAGGAGCAGGCAGGUCUACAGGCUGAUAAUACUCACCUAUGAACGGGGAAAUAGUGGUUAGAAGCUAAUGCUAAUAUUGCUCCAGUCUCUUCAGGUGCUGGAGAACUAAACUGAAACUCCUGUAUGACGCUGUUCUCCAGCAGAGAGCCUUUACUGCUCCUUACAACCUGACUGGUAAAAUUCAUACAUAAGAUGCACUGGAUUAAAAGGCGCACUGGCGAUUUUUGGGAAAAUUAAAGGAUUUUAAGUGCGCCUUAUAGUGUGAAAAAUUCACAGUAUAAAAACCUUAGCAACUGAAUGUCUCCUCCAUCUGGCACCCACUAUAAGGCCUCAUUUAAGCUCUAUUAUUUCAUAUUACCAUGCUGGCCUGUGUUUAACCUCACUUACAAGACAACACUUUACAGCGUAUAUGCAUGUGGGCAUUUUCAAACCUCCCCCUGGUCCCCACACGAAACAAUCAGCAUUAUUUAUGGCUUUGACUGAACAGUGUAUAGUGUAGUACAGCCGACGGUAUAUUUCUUUGCAAUAUAACAGUGAAGAUUAUACUGUCUGCUGUACAGUGAUGAAUAUUUUAUAUUUACUGCAAUUUGUUAAGCAAUGUUGUAGUAGUCCAAGUAGCAGUAGUAGUAGCAUUGUUGUUGUCAAUAAUAGUAAUUAGUAAUUAACAGUAUUUUUUUUGUUUGUUUUAUAAUCUGUUGAUCGUUUGGUGUAUUUUGUGUUUUGUUCAUAGUAUUUAAAAUAAAGAAAAUAUUUCUCUUUUAUCCA